AUGGAGGCACCUGCGGCUUCAAUUCUUCAAUUUCAAAACAUCUCCCUUGGCGGGAAGGUGGCUGGGUCUUCAGGAAUCAUGAAGAUUAAUGCAAGCGGAAUCGGAUGGAAGUCGAAGGCGGGCAAGAGCGUGGCUAUCAUGGGAACAGAUCUCGUAAAGGCCGAGUGGAUCCCAAUUGGCAAGUCCUUCCAGCUGAAGCUCACCGUCAAGGGCGGGUCGAACUUCAAGUUCAAUGGAUUCCAGCAGGCCAACCACAAUGAGCUCAAGUCCUUCUUCGACGCCAACUUCAAGCUCGACCUCACGCGACUCGAGUACAACACGUCCGGCAGGAACUGGGGCGAUAUUGACGUGCGAGGCCCUGGAAUGAUGUUUCAGGUGGGAGACGGGCCGGCGUUCGAGGUCCCCUUCACGGACGUGGCUCAGUGCGUGCUGCAGAAGAACGAGGUCACCCUCGAAUUCCAUCAGGACGACACCUCGGCGUCGGUCGACAGCGAGUCCCUUGUGGAACUGCGCCUUUACUUUCCUCCCGAUGGCGACAUGGACGCCGACGAAUUCCACAAGCUCGUUUUGGACAAGGCCGACGUGGUCUCCACAACUGGCGGUGGCCUCGCCACCUUCCCGCAGAUCCCCACCUACGACUACAAGAUCAUGUACAGUUCCAUCUCGCACAUCUUCGAGCUGCCAAAGCCCGACGACCGUCACGUGUGCUUCAUGAUCAGCUUGGACCCGCCGAUCAGGCAGGGAGGCACGCGAUACCCGCACCUCGUGCUGCAGUUCGAUAAGGCCGCGAAGAUCGAUCUCCAGGUGGCCCUCAAGGAAAUGGAGGGCAAGCUGCCCAAGGAGAGCAGGCUCGAGGAGGAGAUGUCGGGCAAGGUCUACAAGGUAUUCCGCCGGGUGGUCCGCGAGCUCACCCAGAAGAAGAUCACCGUGCCUGGCACGUACCUCAGUCACCACCAAGCACCUGCGGUCAAGUGCUCGGUGAAGGCCAACGACGGCUAUCUGUACCCCAUGGACCGAUGCUUCAUCUUCAUCCACAAGCCGCCCACGUACAUCCGCUACUCGGACAUCACCGUGGUCGAAUUCGCGCGCGUGUCGAGCGAGAAGCAGGGCGACAUCCAGGGCGGCAGCCGCACAUUUGAUUUGGUCGUCUACACCAAGGGUGGCAACGACGUCCAAUUCACCGGCAUGCAGAGAACUGAAUUCAAGGCGCUGGUGAACUUCAUUCAAUCGAAGGGCAUCAAGAUUAAGAGGAUCUCUCACAUGGAGGCUGGCGCGGACACUUCCGGUGCGGAAGCCGACCUGGUGGCCUCCUCCGGUGCCGUCGACGACGGCAGCAGUUCCGAGGACGACGACUUCAUCGCCAAGGACGAAAUGGAGCCCGAUGAAGAG